AUGGCACUUGGUUCGUGUAUCAGGAGUUUUCUAAACUGCAUCCAUCCUGUAAUCGUUGUUGAUGAGACCAAUUUGCAUGAGAAAUACAAAGGUAUGUUGUUAAUAGCAACGUGUAUUGAUGGAAAUAACAAAAUAUAUCCUAUCGCUUUCAGUAUUGUAGAUGGUGAGAACGAUGCAUCAUGGACUUGGUUCAUGACUCAUUUGAAGGCUUCAAUAGGAGACGUUCUCAAUCUAGUGAUUAUAUUAGAUCGUUACAUCUCAAUUGCAAAGGUUGUUGCAAGGAUAUUUCCUUGUGCAUUUCAUGCCCCGUGUAUAUACCAUAUUCAGAACAAUUUGGUGGAUAAAUUCAAGAAUAAGAACAUAAUCCCAUAUUUUUACCUAGCACCAAAAGCAUACAAAAUGUCUAACUUUCAGAUAUAUUGGGCUAAGCUCCAUCAAUAUCCUGGUGUGACGGCCUAUCUUGAGGAGGUUGGAUUACAACGGUGGGCAAGGGUUUAUCAAGUCCAUUGUAGGCAUGACAAGAUGACAACAAAUAUAGUAGAAAGCCUCAAUAGAGUAUUGAAAGAUGCUCGAGAACUACCAAUCACAAAGCUAUUAGAGCAUAUCCACGAGUGGCUACAAGGUUGGUUCUAUAUCCAACGUAUACACGCAAUGGCAUGUACAAACAUUGUACCUGAUUACGCAAUGAGUAUUCUUAAGGAAUCAGAAUUGAUAUCUAGAACAUAUCAUGUUUCUCCGAUGGAUAUGUAUAUAAUUAAUGUAGACGAUGGAUAUUUGGGGGGGUUGGUUGAUCUUUCGUUCACAGACAUGUACGUGCAUGAAGUUUAA